UUAAGAACAUUGACUUUCUGGCUUCUCGGCAGCUGGUCUCUUGGGCUCAUUAUUAUCAUCUUUCUUUAAUGUCAUUUGGCUACCCAGUUCAUUUGAGUCCAAAUCAUUUAUCAAGUAUUCAAACCAGCAGUUUGCCUCUAGAUUCAUGUGUGGGAGUGCUAAAUCGGUAUUGCAUUACUCUCGCCGACCUUCCUGUCAAUAAAUGGCAAGGCUGCAUUGCACGACCUGUCCAUUUACCACUUUCCGAUCCAGCGUCUUUUGCUGUGAUCGGUAUCAAUAAGUUCGGGCUUCAGUCGGACAGCCUACUACCUCAAAAAUACUCUGAAAAGUUGCUCGAUAACAUGGGGUCUAUUAAGGGUUCUAUGUCGCAUUUGGAAAGCAAUAAAACUUGUAGCAAUACCGUUGAUUCUGGUACCCAUCUCUCCUCCUCGGCCUCAACUUCAUCAGGAUCGUUGAAGAUUCAAUCCGAGCACUGGCCUUCCGACACAAGCCAGCUAACCUGGCGUCAUUAUUUCGUCAUUCGUAAUCCUUCUCUGUUGACCAUCUUAGGCCUAUCGGGCCGUACUCAACUUAAUAAUCUUAACGUCUCUCAUAUGGUCUCCUGCUGCCGCUUAUCUCGGUCACAGAACGCUUGCGAGUCGACUGUUGGCACACCUAAUCAACCGAAGGUCACUCAGGAAGUUGUGGAUUCUGGGAAUACUUACUCAACCGAUGCACCUGGUACGAUUGCAUGCAUUCCAUUUGUCUGUCUUAUUUUCAUGUGCCCACUAGUAAAUGGCGUGGUGCCUCUUGGCUACUUAAAAUGUAUCUUGUAUAAUUGCUUUUGA